UUUUCGUUGAUAAAACUUAUAAACACAAUCGAUAACUAUAGCCGGUAUUCUUAAAUAGAAACAUUCUUUUUUCUUUCGUUUUUUUAUUUGUAAUUUAAAUACUUUAUUUUUUAUGUAUGCCGUUGUUAAAAAAACAUGUAGAAGAUUCUGUAAUAGGUACGAUAAUAUAAGAUUAUCUACUUGUAAAAUAAUGGCUAAAAGCAAAUACGAAUAUGUAAGAGAAUUUGAGUCUGAAGAUAAAUGUAUACCAAAUUGUUGGAUUGUUGUUCGUCUAGAUGGUCGUUCUUUUCACAGGUUUACUAUGGUUCAUAAAUUUGAUAAACCAAAUGAUAAAAAUGCACUUAACUUAAUGAAUAGAUCUGCCGUAGCAGUUAUGGAUGAGUUAAGAGACGUUCAAAUAGCGUAUGGACAAAGUGAUGAGUAUAGUUUUGUGUUACGUAAAGAUACUAACAUUUAUAACAGACGCCAAUCGAAAAUAAUGUCUGCCAUCAACAGCAUAUUUUCUGCUUCUUAUGUUUAUUAUUGGAGUACCUAUUUUAAAGAAAAAAAACUUAUAUAUCCACCUUCAUUUGAUGCCCGUACUGUUCUUUAUCCAACUGAUCAAAAUUUAAGGGAUUAUUUAAGUUGGCGACAAGCAGAUACACAUAUCAAUAAUUUAUAUAAUACAGCAUUUUGGGGACUUGUUUUAAAAAAAGGACUAAAUAAUAAUGAAGCUGAAAAAGUUUUAAGUGGGACAGUAUCGUCUCAAAAGAAUGAAAUAUUGUAUUCGGAGUGUGGGACAAAUUACAAUAACGAAUUACCAAUUUAUAGAAAAGGGUCAGUUUUAAUAAGAAAACUUGUACAAAUUCCUCCAUCAAAAACGAAAAAACAUGUUGUAUACAUACUACAUGAGGAUAUAAUUGGAGAUAACUUUUGGAACAAGAAUACUGAAAUUUUAAGUCUAGAUAAGUUAAGAUUGUAUGAAAACAUUAAACCAAAUGAUAUUUUUGUUUAUAUGAGGUGACAAUAAAAAUAAAACAUAUUCCUCAUAAAUUGUGAUUUAUUUCUAAUGUAUAUAUAAAUAUUUUCUUUUAAUUAUGAGAUAUCUAUUUGGUAGAAAAAUAGCAGUAGUUAUUAUUAAUCUGGUAUUAAAUAGUGGCCACUUAUAUAAUUGA